UUUCGAUUUGGCUAAGUAGCUAUAGAUCUUCAAUCUUUGCUAUGAAAUUUUCCAAUAGCGGCAUCUACCCUAAAUCGAUUAACACGGAAAGCUAUUUUACUGGGGCACGUUGACCGAGAUUUGACGAUGGAAAAAAAUACAUCGAUUUUGUGAAUAUUUGAUGUACUUCAGCUUUAGCUUGUUACAUAGAGCACCAUAGCCAGUAUGGAGACAGUUGAUCUAAAAUCAGACCCAGACACAAGUUUACAGUACACAAACUCGGACGACUCCGAGCCUGAUGGCUAUCAUGAAACAGUUGUACAGACAGACAUAAGUUCUCCGCCUGUCACACCAAAUGUAGUGCAAGGAUCAUACAAAGGGGUAAAAUUUUUCAUCGAUUCUCAGACAAAUGAAGUUGUUGCAGGAGAUUCUACGACUGUUGGCGUUACCAGUGAGGUCGCAGAUGAAGGUCAGGGUCAUUUCCAGGCAUGCAUGAUCUGUGGGGACCGUGGGUCUGGUUACCACUACUCUGUCUUGUCAUGUGAAGGCUGUAAAGGAUUCUUCAAAAGGACUGUCCAGAAAAACUUGUUUUAUGUUUGUAAAGCAAAUGGGAUGUGCUUGAUUAACAAGAUGACGAGGAAUAACUGUCAGUUCUGUCGGUUCAACAAGUGUCUACAAUUCGGGAUGAAAAGAGAAGCUGUAAGAGAAGACAGGUCACCUGGAGGCAAACAUCGUACAAAGAAGCCUCGCUUUGACAAUUCCAUGGAAGAUGAAAAUGCGGCGAAGAGCAAUGAAAAUAAACAGAAACUUGAAGAGGAACACAAUGAAAUUAUCAAUAUUUUACUGGCAUCUGCUCCAGAUAAAGUCCCAGAUAAUGAAUUUGAGGGAAGGUCAGCCAAUGAGAUUUCUAUUGAAGAACUGAUGCAGUUUGGAUACUCAGAGCUGAAGUAUAUCAUAGAGUGGGCUAAGAAAGUUCCAAAUUUCCGACUGUUUACAAUGGAAGAUCAGAUGGCAUUACUGAAGUCAGCAUUCAUGGAGCUGAAUGUAGUUAGACUAUCAUACAGGUCAAUGGAAUAUGACGAUGCAUUAAGAUUUGCAGAUAAUAUUGUGGUGCCUAGAGCAGUGUGUGCAACAAUGGGCUGGGGUCAGGAGCUUGUACAUGCAACACUGGAGUUUGCUACCAGACUGAAGGAACUUGACCUUGAUAGAGUGGAAUUUGCUUUGAUGAAUGCCAUUGUUCUUACAUAUCCUGAUGCUAUUGGUCUCAGCGACAAGAGUAAAGUGAUCACCGUUCAGACAAAGUUUCUUGACACUCUGCGACGUUACGUCUGUGUCAAGUACAACAAUGAUAAGGGUAGAUUUGGUAAACUCCUGCUUCGUCUGCCAACGUUACGAACUCUUAGUGCAAAGGCCGCUGAAAGAUUUCUGUCGUUAACGCUCGAGGGUGUUUUACCCUUGAAUGAUCUUGUGCAAGAAAUGAUGUGCUGACAGUUUUGAUAAACUAAUGAUUUUAUUGUGAAAAGAAUAAACAUUUUUAAGGGGCCUCUGUGUUUGUGUAUGUGUCUGUAGUCUCAAAAUUUAUUCAAAAUCUUGUGUUUUCUUUCAUGAUGAAAAUACUAACCGAUUUUCUAGGGUUUACAAAAUAGUGAAAUGUAGAAAUAUUCUCUUUUUUUAGCUACAGAAGCAGUCUAGUUUGACACAGCUUUCUAUCACAUAUUUUAUAUAAGAUUGAAAUCAGUCUCCUUGGUUUUUAAAUUAAAUUUGUAAACCAGUCUUGGAUUCAGCCCCGCCAUUGGUCGGUUUCCAGGUAAAAUUAUAACAUGGAGUUUUGGUACCAGUCUCCAAAACUUGGCUUUACUUUAGUUUUUACGGAUUUAUUUCAACUCUGGACCAUUGUGAGAAAGCUUGUCUGCUUCGGAGAAAAACCAUUACUUAUGUCAUUCGAGAAAGUGUGGUUGUGAUCCCAGUGGGACUCAAAACCUACAAACUCCAGGGUUGAGAGGCCAGCUUUGAAACCUAACUUAGGAGACUAAUCUAUGAGACUUUGUUUUAGAGGCUAAGACUAUGGCAGAAAUCUGUUGAAAGAAAGGCAGCUGAUCAUACACUUUUAAAACAUGUACCUAACCUGAAAUGUCAUCCUUGCUCGGUCAGGUGCACUUUAAGGACUGCAUUUUUUUUUUUAUUAAGAAAAAUAUUUAAUAUUGUCAACCGUUUAUGCAGUUGAUCAUGGGAAGCGGGUAUUUUUUGCGUUCAUUACUGUCCCCAUCGUCCACAGUGAUAAAGAUGUUUAUAAAUUUCUGUUUGCUCACAAGAAUGAUAAAAAUAUUGAUGUCAUAAUACUUUUUUUGUUAUAUGAUAUCAGGUACAUAUAUAUCAAGGAUAUAAAUUAACAUUCGGCAGCUAUUGGCCAGCUGGGAUCGUAUCUUCAAAAGUUUAGGGGCCCAGUCUGAAACUUAGGAGCGCAACUAUAUGACAAAAUACAUUGCACUAUGCCUAACAUGUUCUUAAUCCUGAAUGGUGCAUAAAUGUACUGUAAUCAAUAAAAUCAUUUUACAAUAAAGGUCACUUUGAUGACCCCCUUAUAUCGUCAAACAAAAUUAUUAUUGCCAUUAUGCUUAAAAAAAUACCAAUUUUCAGGGAAAAUUUUCUAUUUGGGACAUCUAUUUUAUUUAUAUUAUAAAUUGAAAUAAGCCCACAUAGAACCGUACACCUAGAACAUAGGCUGCAUUACUGGGACACCUGUUACCGUUUCCAUUUUCUCAGGAAAGACGUUUGUUGCAAAUUUGAUUUUACAUACAUUUGUCAUUUACCACAGCCACCACACUUCGAUACUUUGCAUUCCAUUAAAAUAACUCCACAACUUCUAAAAUUAUACAUGCAAGAAUCUUUACAUGGGCGCAGCCAUUAGAUGUGCCAUCAAUUAUGUAUCAAGUUGGGCAUAGUUGUAGUAUAUAUCUGUAAUUUUAAUGGGCUGAUCACAUCACGCAUAAAAGAUGAAGUUUAAAAAUAAAAUGAUUGGAAAUCCCAAUAUUGCAGCUCGCCGACUGGGCGAUUAUCUUGGAAGAUUGACUCAUCCAGCUAAAAAUAGUCGUCGUAGACGUGGACUUUGGUAAUUUAUACCCCUGUAUAUAUAUAUGUACUGAUAUAUGUUGUGGAUAGUUUUUAUUGAUUAUUUAUGUUGUGUUAAGAGUGGAUUAUGUGACAUAUUAUUGGGGUAUUUUAUAUCGUCUUUUUGUAAAUUGUGAGAUUGGCAUCAGUGUUCAUAAUUGUGCUGUUUUAAUGGGACAAAAUACACUUUGAUUUUUAUUAAACAAUAUUUGGUAAAUUAUAAUCAAUGGUCAUAUUCAAUUUACGCCAUUAUGUAAUGUUCUUUGUAGAUAAAAGUUCAUAAAACAGACAGAAUCACUUUGAAAUUUAUGUACGUUGAUAUAAAUUUUUAUAAAUACAAAGUAGUAAAGGCAUUUUCUAUUCAGUUGAACUUCAUUCACUCAAACACGGAUAAUUUGAAUGUCACCUUUGUUUGAAAUCAUCAAGUCCUGGCAAGUUUUAGAUGUAAUGUAUAAUUUCCGAUGGGUUGAACUGUCGAUAACUAGCCACCCCAGCUGAUGAGCUUUGACAGUGGCUUAUCUACUGGAGUUUUUCCAAUAUCGGAUGGCCACUUGAAUUAUAUGUUCAUAAAAUCAUUAUUCGUAGAGAUAACAGAUUGCAUCAUAGUUUACACCUUUAGAAAGCAUAUAAAAUUCGGAUAACACAUAUAGACUUUACCGGGCACAUCGAGUUUAGCGAACGAGGUUCGACUGUAUUUGACAUAAAUCUGCAUGUGUGUACUUGAAGUUACUCUCUGUACAUAUUGUACAUAACAGAAGAUUGCCGAUUUACUUCUUUCAUUACAUUUACAGAUAUGGGUCAUGAAAAUUUGAAUUUAAAGAUGCACAUUUGCCUCUGUUAAAGUACACAUAAAUUUUACUGUACCCGGUAAGUUUAAGUCAGUCCUCUACACGCUUAUUCUCACAGACCAUCUUUUUAGUAGUUUUUAAAGUAGUAAAAGUGACAUCUUUGAAAUGCCUUGUUUUGAAUAUUUAGAACCUUGCCUUUUCACUUUUGAAAUAUGAAAGUAAGGAUUAAUAAGCACUAAAACAGUAGUGACCAGUCUACCUGGUUAGCAGUUUGGGCAAAAGGCUAGGAAUCGAGCCUCCACAAAGGUCAUUAUUCUCUGUGAUGAUAAAAAUAAAAGGGGGCGUUAUAUAGGAAGUGAAACAUUCUUCAGCUCUGUGAGGAAAGUGUCAAGUUCUUGACCAGAAUAAGUUUGUAAGAGUAAAGUUUUGAUUCAUACACGGAAGUUAUAGAAAGUUUGUUAUGGUAAAGUUCUGGUUGUCCCUUUCUUGAAAAGAACAAGUUUAUAUGGAGUACAACUGCUCAUACACUUGUAUUCAAAGUUGCUCAGAUGCACAACCUUAUCUGAACACAAUUUGCUUCAAACCCUUUGUCCAAUAGGCACAAUUCUUGUGCUUGGAUUGUGUUGAUAUUAACUCUUACACUACUAAAGUUCUACAAUGAACUUGUCCAUCUUCCAAUUUGUACAAUACCAUCAGCUGUUGAAAGGGGUGCCUACCAGAAAGAUACGGACUGAAUGGCAAACAGUGCAGAUCUUGAUCUGACUGCAUGAAUGUGAAGGCUGAUCAUGAUCUACACUGGUCGCAAAGGCAGAAUCAAUCGUGUCCUGCAUGAUAAGGGUUAAAAUAACUUUCACCAUAUCAAGAUGUGUCCUUGCAUUUUGAAACACAGCUUGCCAAACUAUGCGUGAAAGAAUUGAUCAGAAUUUGCAGAUUCUAUUUACUUGUGAAAAUACGUUAUCUUAAGUGAUUACACGUGCAUUUUAAAUACAAUAUUUACUUGAAGUUACCAAAUGAGUCAUUCCAUGUAUAUUUCAAAUUCAACUUUCACAAUGUUCUCAAUUUUUAAACUGUUUUCAUACUGGUGUCUGUAUUGCAGUAAAGUGCAGUUCAUGUUGUUUCGCCACAGUUAUAAUGCAAUAUGUACAUGUGCUUUUGUAUUUUCCAUAAGGCACUUGAUAGAGCCAAAACUAAUCUUUGCAUAGAUAUACAUAUAGUCUAAGACUGGAGUUAGUGAUCACCUCAUAGCAGUCACAUCUGUGAAAGCCACCUUUUUAAAAGUUGGUUGACAGUUUACCAUGAAAUAAUUUUAUUUUUGUUUGCAAAACAUGAACAGGUUUAAGCCAAAACAGCUCUUUCUUAAGGUAAUAUAUUUUUGGCUUCAGCAUCUGAAGAUAAAUUAAACAGGAAUGUUUUUCUUCGUUUUGAUUUAACUUGUAAUAAAUAGUACUGCCAGAUUGAAUGAUGGACCAGUCCAUUUUAGAACUUUAGUAGGGAAAAGGUUUAACCUUAAGCUUGCUGGCAGCAAGUUAUUCUGCCUUUGCGGCCAGUGCAGACCAAGAUCAGCCUGCACAUCUGUGCAGUCUGAUCAUGGUCUGCACCGUUCGCCAUUCAGUCAGUAUCUUUUUGGUAAGCAUCCCUUACAGUUAAUGGUACUGUCCAAAAUGAAAGAUGGACAAGUUUAAUAUAGCAAUUCAGCAGGGUAAGGGUUAAUACAGGUCCAGCUGUAUUGUCAUUUUAUCAGGUCUCUUGAUGUAUCAUGUAUGCUUGUUUUGAGAUUGUUCAGUAUACAUGUGAUUUCUACACAACUUCUGAUUUCAGAAGGCUGGGUAUGGUAAAUGUUUAAUUAUUGUAGUAGAAUCAGAUAAUAUAUUGUGCACAUAUCAUUGUUUUAUUACAUGUAUAUUCCUUAUUUAUAUGUUGGUCAGAAAUAUCUGGUAUGUGUGUGACGGAGAGGUAUUUUGAUAAAUGAGCAGAUAUUUUUCAAUGUAGGAGUGGUGAAGGUCCUUUUGGUAAGACUGUCGACUUUGAAUCACUGUCCCCUCGUGAAUAAGGGUUCAAAACCUCACUGUCCUUAAUGUGCGGAAGCCAUCCAGCUGGCAUACGGAAGACUAGUGAUUCAAACCAGGUGCCCGACCAUACCUUAAACAAUGCCUAGUGGGGCACCUGGGGUCCUCCACCAUCAAUGCUGGAAAAUUUGUUAUAUUACCUCCAAACUCAACAAAACAAUAUUAAAACAAAAAGGUCUUGUAACAUUAAAAUAACAAAAUGAAAGUGACAAGGGUUUUUUUAUGCCCCAGGUUGGCAUAUUAAGAUCGCACUGUCCGUCCCCGAGUCUGUGCGUGCAUGUAAAUUCUUGCCCAGGCUGUAACUCUGCAAUCCAUAAAGGUAUUUUGAAAUAACUUUUUGCCAUAAUUGUUUACCAUAAUGAGGCGAUGUGUCAUGUGCAAGACCCAGACCCCUAGCUCCAAGGUCAAGGUCAUACUUAGAGGUCAAAUGUUAACAAGGUCUGUUAAUUUAGGCAAUGGUUUUUUUUAUGCUUGGUAAACAGAAAAUAUAAUCUGAAUAAAUGCCCCGCCGUUACAUGACUGAAAUACUGUUGAAAAACGGCAUUAAACCCAAGACAAACUGAAUAAAUGCCUUUCAUUUCUGACUUAAUAUUGUGGUGUAUUUUAUACUGCUAAAUCUGGAUUAUAAUAAUAUUCACUUAUUGAAUGGUUUGCUAGUUAAGAGUCAAUCUAUUGCCCAAGGUCCGGAGGUGAAUACUUUUUGUUGACCAGCAUGUCAUUUAAAAUAUACUGUAGUUCAACACCUCAGAAAACAAUUUUCAAAGUUUUAUUUUUGGACUUUUUACUUAUCAACCCACUAACAUAUGUUGAAUGUAGACUGGUGAAAUUAAGUAACAAUUCUGGACCUGCAUUUUGUGAAUGAGGCAUGUAAUAAUAAUAAUAUAAGAUAUU